CUCUCACUCUUUCAGGACACUAAUGUGUAUGCAGAUGGAUAUGGGCUCAUCCUCAUCACCAUGGCAAUAGAGCUGGAAUAUGUGUUCGUCUGCUGACUGAAUCAUUUGCGUCGGGAAGACAGAAGCAGAAACAGAAGCUAAGCGUUAUCGUCCACGACCACUGCUGUCUUCUGGGCAUCCAGUCUUUCCAGGAUUUGGCGAGCCAGCCGGGCUCCAGCCAGCCUCGGGUCAAAUCUGUUAUAGCCACCAAGCUGAGGGUUGUGUGCACUGAGGCAAAGGAGGGGAUGGACCAAAAUGGAGAUGGUCCAUACAGCAGGCACUGGAGGCAGUGGCACUGAAGAUUCGGGCUUCAGCAGUCAGCAGAGACUGUGGGUAAAAACCCAGCCAACCAACACCUCCCUUUCUGUCACAUCCUCUUUUUCUCCCUCCCGCCCCAGCCUCCCUCCCACCCCCUAGUCUGUGGUUUUGCUCGUUUCUAUUUACCUCUCCACUAAUCCCCCGCGUGUCUCUCUCUCUCUCUCGCUCUCUCUCUCACGCUCUCGCUCCCUCUCCCUCUCCCUCCCUGCCUCUCCUCAGAGCCAGCAGGCUGCCACUCGACCCACACCGCUUGCUACAUGAUCUCUUGGAGAACAUCGUUCCGUGUCUUUGUUCGAUGUGUGCUGUUGUUUGAUGCUGGAGCUUUUUUUAAGCCUGUGAUCUAACAGAAAAGAAAAGAUGCCUUCGCGACGACUCUGACUCCUUCUCCUCCUUCCUCAUGUUCCCCCCUCCCUCUUCCUCGUCUCCUGCCCCCUGACCCUUCCCUACCUCCAUUCUCCUUUGCCCCUCUCCGAUCCCCCUUUCUUCCUUAACCCCCACCCCACCCCCCUGUUCCCCCGUUCCCCCCCUUUCACCUCUCAACCCCCUUAACAAUGUUCUCAUGUGUUCACUGGCUUCAGUCUUUCCUCGCCUUGCUGUCCUCUACCUUUUUUGCUUUGGGCCAAACCUGCCCAUCCAUCUGCCUGUGUCCAGACCAUCACACUGUGAACUGCACAGGUCAAGGGCUCACCCGUCUACCAGACUCCAUCCCUCUGGACGUGCGGAGGCUCCUCCUGUCGAACAACUGGAUAGCUUUCAUCCCCUCUGAUUUCUUGGUUCUCCACAGUGACCUGGUUUACCUGGACCUGAGGAAUAACUCCCUGACUAGACUGGAGCCCGGGACCUUCCUGGGCACGUCCUCCAGACUCGUCUACCUGGAUCUGGGAGGCAACAACCUGACCGAGAUCUCCUCCGGGACUUUUGGAGAAUCCCGCAGCUUGAUUAAGCUGCGACUGGGAAACAACCCCUAUUUGAGUAUGGUGGGCGAAGACGCCUUCUCUGGCCUCACCUCCUUAAGGGAGCUGGAGCUGGAGCGGAGUAACCUCUCAAAACUGGACGUCAAGGUGCUGAGCCAGCUGCCUUCCCUGCGAGUAAUACGCCUGGAGGGGAACCCCUGGCUGUGCGACUGUCAUUUUGCCAAACUAUUUCUCUGGCUGAUGGAAAAUCGUCAUAAGCUCAAAAAUGAGCUGGACGGCAUGGAGUGUAUCGUCAAAAACGAGGUUGAUCCGGUCCCUCUGAGCUGGCUUUCUGAGGACAGUUUCCGAGAAUGUCGGGGGAUGCUCACUCUUAAAGACUAUCUGAUAGUCAUUUUCUCCGGGAUCUGUAUAUCAGUGGCCGCCAUCAUCGCCAGCUUCUUUUUGGCCUCCACGAUCCACUGUUUCCAGCGGCUCAAAUCCAAAAGGACAGACGAGGAGGAGGGGGAGGACUGAGUGUAAAGCCUGCGAGGCCACAGCGGCAGGUUCAUGGAUGUGUACACAGAUGACUCAGAGAGGGGCGCUGGGUUGCGUCUUCACAAAAGACCCUUAUAUUACCCCACGGUGACAAAGGUGAGGCUCAAUAAGCCGCCACAGGUCGCGGGACUCCCAAACUCUAUGAAUGAGGCAGAAAUGAUGUACGACGUUGGAAGGAUUUUAUACUUGAAUACAAAUUACUGAACCAAGCCUUAAGACGUAAACUGUUCCAGUAACAACACUGCGUAACAUUACUGUGUUGUAGACCUCUUUAUUCAGGCUGUUAGUUAAAGUGGAAUUCCAGCAGUUUUAAUAUUUGAUUUCUGCAUAAUUACAUUGUUAUGAUGUAAACAAUGCCAUUCAGCGUGGUUUGAUGUGAAAGACACCGCUCCUAUAAACAGAGAUAUGAGAAUCAGAUAUGUAGAAAUACCAGAUAUACCAGUGCUAGAUAUAUUUUUUACAAUAGGUUUUAGAUAAAGAACAGUAAAGAGGUAUGAUCUAUUUAACGUAAGAUAUAGCUAAAUAUAUAAAAAAUAAAUAUAUAUGAGAUAUUUUUUUGGUUUUGUCAAGCAUAUAAAUCUACACAACUCGACUUGUGCAGGUUCAUUGGUAAAUGUAUCGCCAUUGCAGAAUCCUAUACUAUUAGUUAGACAAACCAGAUACUUGCAGAUGUAAAACAAUGCUUACACUUCAAUGUGGUUCAAAGUUCAAAGCAGCUAAACAAUAGUAGGGGUGUCACCAUUCCUGUUAGUCUGGAGGGGUAGGGGGAAUAGAUAGAUAGGGCUUGUUAGACCUUUAAAUGGAGAUUUUUCAUAGGCUAACUUCAAACCCAGGGGUAUGAGAAUCAAAAAGUACAAAAAGUAUCUCUUGUUAAAAUGACCAUUAGCACUACAUUACCAUAGUUUAAUGUGUAGUUUCAAUGUUUUAUGGUCAAAUUAUUCAUAAUAAGCAUAAAAAAGUUCGCUAUUAGUUUGUCUCAAUAGCUAGCUAGCUAGCUAACGUUCCCGUUCCACCUUAAAUGGUGCAACAGACUGCAGGGGCUGCAGCAUUUAAGGCAGAACAGAAAAAAAAAAAAAAAAAGCUAAUCAAAGCUAAUUUUAGCUCCCCCUCACAAAGGAAUUAAGGAAUGCACAAUAAUAAUAUUUUUUUGCACCAUCUCCCUCCUUUCUGACGACAUACAAUAAAGCCCUAAAGUUAACUAGUUAAUCAGCAGCAGCUAGGUUACUGAACUUUAACCCUCCGGAUGACGUAUUGGGUCCUUGAAGGGUUGUCCCAAUUCUUAGAGGGAGGAUUACACAUUUGAAAAGAAGAGGUAGGGGUAAGUAGUAGGGCAAAGGGGUAAAAUGAGAUUGGGCCUAAAUACUAAGAAUUUAAAUGGAACAGUGUUUUUGCACAUUGCUUAAAAAAAAAAAAAAAAACAGAAAAGUCAUGUGACUUUCCCGUAAAUAGUACAGACAAUACACUUCUUUCAGUUAUCUAUAAGAAAGACUUUAAUAAAAAAACUGAUCUUUUAAAAAUAAUUUGCUGCUUGCUUUGAUCUUUUUUAAAAGCCCCACUACUAAAUAAGAUUAAGAAUGACAGACAUGAGUAAGAUACCAAGUGAAACCAAAUGCAAUCUAAAGUCAAAAACAGAGAGAAAAUCAAAA